AUGGUAUCCUCCGGAGUGAGAGAAGCUAUGGGUAUCCAAUCUCUAGCACAUACUUCCCCUGAGUUUAUUAAGAUCUUCCAACAGGUUUUGCAAAAGCUAAGAAAAGUGUUCCAAAGCACAAAUCCUAGCGAUCAACCAAUCGUUUUGUCUGGUUCCGGAACUUUAGGUUGGGAUAUUGCCGGUACCAAUUUGGUUUCUUCUGGAGACAACGUUUUGACCGUUUCUACCGGGUUCUUCUCGGAUUCUUUUGCUCAGUGUUUGGAGUCCUACGGCACCAAUGUUGAUGUGUUGAAGAGUGAGCCGGGGAAGGUCGUUCCAUUAGAGAAAAUUGAGUCGCAGCUUAAAUCAAAGACAUAUCAAGUCAUUACUUUGACCCAAGUUGACACUUCCACAGCUACUUUGCUAGAUGUAGCCAGUGUCGCAAAGCUUGUCCAAAAAGUGUCGCCACAGACUUUCAUCGUCGUUGACGGGGUAUGUUCCAUCGGUUGCGAAGAGUUCAAGUUUUCCGAAUGGGGAAUUGAUUACGUAUUAACCGCAUCGCAAAAGGCCUUGGGUGUUCCUUCUGGAUUGAGCGUUUCUUUGAUAAGCGAACGUGCCCUUAAAUACGCGCUAAACAAGAAGUCUACCCAAGGUUUCUUCACCAACUUAAAAAGAUGGACUCCAAUCAUGCAGGCAUACGAAGCUGGCCAGGGCCAGUACUUCGCUACCCCAUCCAUCCAGUUGGUAAACGCAUUGAACGUCUCGCUUGGCGAAAUCCUAGACUACGGCCUAGAUGCCCGUGUAGCCAAGCAUAAGCAGACUUCCGACAAGUUCAAGCAGAGCUUGAAAGACUUGGGUCUCACCCUGGUAUCGGACGAUGCAUGCAGUGCCCAUGGUCUCACUGCAGUUUACGUUGAGAAUCCCGGUCACGUGAUCCAAACCUUGAAGUCCGCUAACGGCAUUGUCAUCGCCGGAGGAAUCCUACCGGAAAUCAAGAGCAAGUACAUCCGUGUUGGUCACAUGGGCAUUUCCGCUACAGACGAUAGCUUGCACCACAUCGACAAUGUCCUAACAGCCAUUAAGAACGCUAUUUAA